AUGUCAGUUGGAGCUUACAAUACUUUGAAGACAGAAAGCUACUUUUCUCCCUCAUUUUCCCCUAUAUCAACUUAUAGAUCAUCAAAUGUGCCAAUAUUCAGUUCUCGAAGAAAUAUGAGCAAGAACGGUAGGAACGUACCUAGAAAGUGUUUUAGUGCCGAAGAAGUUCACAGUUCCUCUGAGAAACAAUCUACAAGCCACGAUUUACGAGUAAAGGGAAUUUUCGAUGGCAUAGCAAGCUCAGUUUAUGAUAGUGGGAUGUUGAUAUGGCGUAAGAUAGUUGGCGCGACGACUACUAGAGACGAAGACGGUCAAUUAACCAAGCUAGACGGCCAUGAGGCUGUAAAGAAACGCUCUAACGAGUUUGACGCUUUUCAACUGCCCAGAAAAAGAAGGUCAUUAAAAGAGCAUCAAUCAGACGAAACUAUACUUGACAUAACAUCGCGAGCGCAGGAAAAUGAUGAGUUGUGCACUUUACAUUUCUCGAAAGACCCUUUUAAUUGGAAUGAUUGGAAGACUAGCGAGAUUGAACCGAGAGAGGACGCAAGGCAAACGCAGCAGUAUGGUACAACGUUGAUAAGAAGAAGCAGAUCGCCUAGAAAACUUCAUGGUAACAACCAAUUGACGCCUCGAGCUCAAUCCGAUGAGGUGAAGUAUUUGAAGACGAUAUAUAAUGGUGAAUACCAGGUACCAAAGAUAUUGGAGGAUGAACGGGAGAACCAGCUUUCCCUGUUACAGAGGGAUAAGGAUUCACAGCUGAAGAAGACCAUAGUAGAUUUGACACAGAAAAUCAAAAACAUUUUGGUUGAACGAGAAGGUGCUAGUUCUGCUUCAGACGAUGAUUUUAUGAUAGUGAGUGAACGCAAAGUUAGCUCACUAGAAAGAAAGCGUUACGACUUUCAAAGGCGAAGAGUGAAUGUUGACCGAGCUUUACAUCAGUUGGAUAUUGAUGAAGAGUUCAAGACAUAUAGGCAACUUAUUGAAGAGAGAAAACAUAUCCAAGAUGAGGUGAGAAAGAAGAAGGAUGGUGACAAGGGAAGGAAACUUGUGCCAGAUAUUGGACAGGAUGAGUCGAAUAAGGUUAAAAAGACAUUGCGUAGGAGUGAUAAUGGCAUAUUAUCAAAUAGAGAUAAUUUUGAGGUGACAGUACGAGAUUUCAAGACACUGACCCCUCGAAGGUGGCUAAACGAUACUGUUAUUGAAUUUUUCAUGAAACAAAUCGAGAAAAAUAGCAAAGGUAUAGUUGCUUUUAACUCAUUCUUUUACACCACAUUAUCUGAGCGAGGAUAUCAAGGUGUCAGAAGGUGGAUGAAGAGGAAGAAAGCUCAGAUCAAUGACCUUGAAAAGAUUUUUGUUCCAGUGAAUCUAAACCAGUCUCAUUGGGCCCUAGGUAUGAUAGACAUAUCCCGGAAAAGAAUCGUAUACGUCGACUCUUUAUCAAAUGGUCCCAACGCAAUGAGUUUCGCGAUCUUGAAUGACUUGCAAAAUUAUGUCAUAGAGGAGAGUAAGAAUACGAUGGAUGCAGAUUUCGAAUUGGAAAACCUAAGGUGUCCCCAGCAGCCCAAUGGGUUCGAUUGCGGAAUUUACUUAUGCAUGAAUACACUCUACUUGAGCCAGGAUGCUCCAUUGACUUUUGACCAGCAUGAUGCGGUGCGAAUGAGAGCCUACAUCGCCCAUUUAAUAUUAUCCAAAAAAAGCUAG